CGCAUCCUUCACGAAGAAACCACCAUUGAUCUCGACGCGUUAUCCCACUCGAAAAGUUACGAAACCGAUCGCAUACACUCUAUUAGCUUUUUGGAAACGCAGAUCAGUCACGGUCUGUGAGUUUUUCUGUCCGAUCGCAAGUGAACGAGAGCUCGAAUCGCUGGUCGUUUGUCGGGUUCGCAUACACACCGAGAAGGAAGACAACUCAAGCGCUGUGCGCGUCGAUUUCCCUUUUGCUGAACUAACCUAAUCCGCUACUUGCUACACAUACUUCAUAAUGUUCUACGCAGAAUCCCUUCUUACCCGCAAGGGUCCGCUUGCACGUAUCUGGCUGGCAGCACACAUGGAACGCCGCCUAACGAAACCCCAGAUCACAACCACCAAUAUUCCAUCCUCCGUCUCUUCCCUCAUCUCCGACACUGACUCCACUGCGCCCAUGGCUCUCCGUCUCUCCGGUCAGUUGUUGUUGGGUGUCGUCCGAAUUUACAGCCGCAAAGCACGGUAUCUCUUGGAAGACGCGCAGGAAGCGAUGGGAAGGAUCAAGAUGGCGUUCAGGCCUGGAAAUGUGGAUUUGAAUUUGUCGACACAGGCGGAAGCGCAUACGACGCUCACUCUCCCCGAUGUCAUCACUGAGCUUGAUUUGCUUAUGCCGACGGCGGAUUUGUCCUUCUUGGAUGGAACUGUCACUGCGAAUCUCGGUGCGAACACGAGUAGAGCGGCGGAUAUCACGUUGAGAGAAGAAGACAUCUCGAUUGAGUACGGCCUUAACGCGCCUGAUACUUCGCACCUCCUCCUUGGUGAGGAUCCAAUGGAACUCGGGUCUCUUGACCCUCACACUCAGAUGGAACUUGACCUUGGGUUGGAUUUCUCCACUGCCGCCGCUGGCGCACCUAAAGACACCUCCAUCUCCGUCGAGAUGGGACGUGAUGCACCGACUAUCAUCAGUCGUGAAGUCAGUCCCGAGCCUGCUGGGGAGAAGACCACGCUUGAGUUCGGGGCGGAGGAGCAGCCUGCGCUUGCGUUCGACGAUGAGUUGGGGAUUGGUGCCGAUAUCGAGAUUCCGGGUCUGGAUUUCGGUGAGCUGACGACUGGCCUACAGGAGGAGGCUGAGGGUGAGAGGACGCCUAGGGCUGGAAGUCCCUUGCUUGAGGAAGGCGAGCGUACACCUAGAGCAGCUGAGGCGGAGGAGGAGUUCAGACUCGCUACUCCCGUCGUCGAGGAACAAGAGCAAGCCGAGGAGGCGCGUCAUGCUGCUCCUCGAAGACAAUUGAAGGUUCAAAUCGACGCGAAGACCGAGCUUACCCAGGCACAGCUCAAGGCUCAUCUGCGUGACCCAUCAUCCACUCUUCUCCCGCCUGAUGCGACAACGCUCUUGCCUCGUGACCCUGUCAUGUUGAGCUUGGUGUUGGGUCAGCAAGGUGGAUGGAGUGUGUGGAGACAACAGGGCGUGCACCCCGAUCUUGCAGGGUUGUUGAGUCCUGAUUUCGUUAGGGGCAUGAAGAGACGGAGGGAGGAGGGUGGAGCUAUCCAACCCGAGGAGGAGGAAGAACCUUCGAGGAAGGAAGCGCGUCUUGACGAACCCGGGUUCGAGGCCAUGGAGGACGUACAGAUGCAGGAAGCGGCGCCCUUGGAGGAUGAACCACAGGCCUUGGCACCCGGCGAGGAAGAAGAGUUGGGUUUCGGGGUUGAGGAACCGCAGGUGCUGGAGUUUGAUGAGCCGGUCUUGGGCGCGGAGGAUCCAUACCAGCCUGCCGAGAUGACGGGUUUGUUUGAGGAUGAACCCAACCUUGGUGAGGCGGCUCUGCCUGAAGCCACGCAACCCGGCGUGGUGUCGCGGAAUACCGUCAAGGCCAUCCAAUACCUCCGUUCCGAAUUUCGGCCCGAAGCCGAGGCUGAUGCGAAGGAGGUCGUUGAUUUCGAGCAGAUGACGACUGGACAGAGUCGCGCUGAUGCAGUCAAGAUGUUCUUUGAGGUUCUUGUGUUGGCGACGAAGGAUGUUAUUAAGGUUAAGCAGGAGGAGCCGUAUGGUGGGAUUGAGAUUAGGGCUAAGGAGAGGUUGUUUGAGGUUGGUGUGCAGGGAUUGGGGGAGGAGGAGAGCGAGGAGGCCGUUCUUGCCUAAGAACUUGGCUCGAGUGGGUUACCGUGAUGAGG